AUGAAGUUACAACUCACUUUCCUCAGAGACAAUGUCUUGAUCAACAACAAUGUCUUGUACACCUUGUACCUCUUUGGCAUCAAGAAGGACAUCUCCUGUCUCUUGACCUGUGUCUUCCCAGACAAACUACAUGCAGGCAAAGAGGCUGGUGGACACAUGUACAAGGACCAGUACGGAUGCAACAUCACAUCCGCUAUCCCGAUGAACAUCUUUGGCCCACACGAUAACUAUGAUCUCGAGAGCGCACAUGUCAUCCCAGGGCUCAUCCACAAGUGCUACCUCGUGAAGAAGAACGGCACGCCAUUCAUUGUGGAGGACACCGGGAAGCCCCUGCGACAGUUCAUCUACUCUCACGAUCUCGCGAAGCUCUUCAUCUGGCAGCUGCAGGAAUACAAAGAUGUCAAGCCACUCAUCCUCUCUAAUAAGCAUCAAGCAGUCGUGGACGUGAUCGUGAAAGCGAUGGAGUUCAAGGACGAGUACACCUUCAAUACCAGCCACACUGACGGCCAGUUCUGCAAGCCUGCAUCAAACAAGAAGCUGCUGUCACUCAUUGGCGAGUUCAAGUUCACGCCGUUCAAGGAAGGUUCAUAG